UCCAGCCUGCUGAGACUCCCAGAAUCAUCCAAAAUGGAGCCUCUCGGUGCCUACCCACUAAAAUGUUCCGGGCCCAAAGCAAAGAUAUUUGCAGUUUUGCUAUCUAUGGUUCUGUGCACCGUGAUGCUUUUUCUCCUUCAGUUAAAAUUCCUGAAGCCGAGAAUCAACAGCUUCUACUCCUUUGAAGUGAAGGAUGCCAAAGGAAGGAUGGUGUCUCUGGAAAAGUUCAAAGGCAAAGCUUCCCUAGUUGUAAACGUGGCUAGUGACUGCCGGUUCACAGACAAGAGUUACGAGACCCUCAGGGAGCUGCACAAGGAGUUUGGGCCCUAUCACUUCAACGUCCUGGCUUUCCCGUGCAAUCAGUUUGGAGAAUCGGAGCCCAAGUCCAGCAAGGAGGUAGAAUCUUUUGCAAGAAAAAACUACGGAGUCACAUUCCCCAUCUUCCACAAGAUUAAGAUUUUAGGGCCGGAAGCAGAACCUGCGUUUAGAUUUCUUGUUGAUUCUUCCAAGAAGGAACCAAGGUGGAACUUUUGGAAGUAUCUGGUCAACCCUGAGGGACAAGUCGUGAAGUUCUGGAGGCCAGAAGAACCCCUUGAAGCCAUCAGACCUCAUGUGUCACAAAUGAUUGGGCAAAUCAUUCUUAAAAAGAAAGAGGAUCUAUGAAAGCACCGUGGAGUCAGGCCAGUACAAAAGGACAGAGGGCCUCCUCUUAGAUUCCAAAACAUACAGUGCGAAAAGAUGUUUAAGGCCAUCUUACUACUAAGUUGCAGUGGCUGUCCCCAAGAUAGGAAUGUUACAAAGGAGGGAAGAAGGGGUUGAGGUCUUAGCCAAAGAAUCAUGAUGAAGUAUAUUACUUCUACUGACCAGAAGGGAAAUCCAGGAUGCUCUGUCACCAAUACCCUUUACUGUUACAGUCCAACUUAAUUUUCUCUAGGGUUAACCUUGUGGGAAAUCCAAUGCCCAAGGUCACCAUGUGGGCCAACGAACACUGUGAGGGUGGCAAUUUUGGAGUGACCAACUCUAGAUGUAAUAAAAUAUACAAUGAAUGUUGCAAAAUAUAAA